AUGAGCGCUAAGCUAUGGACGGAGGAGCAGUUCAACUGCCCAGUGUGUCUGGACCUCCCCAGGGAGCCGGUCACCAUCCCGUGCGGCCACAGCUACUGCAUGGACUGCAUCAAGGACUACUGGAGCAAGGAGGACCCUCGGAGCCCCGGGGUCUACAGCUGUCCUCAGUGUCGCCAGUCCUUCUCCCCCAAGCCCUCCUUAUCCAGGAACACCAUGCUGGCGGACGCCGUGCAGCAGCUCCGCAAAGGGGCGCUCACCCCGUCGGCGCGGGAGUCCAUCCGGAGCGCCCACCGCGCCAACACCAUGGGCAAGGCCAAGGGGGUUCCCCGGGGCGGCGCGCAGCUGUCCGCCACGGAGGUGCCGUGUGACACGUGCCACCACGCGGGCGAGCAGCGCGCCGCGGCGAAGUCGUGCCUGGCCUGCAUGGCGUCCUACUGCGCCGACCACCUGAAGCCGCAUCAGACGAAAGCCGAGUUGAAAAAGCAUGAGCUGAUCGCGCCCACGGGUCAGCUGGCCAAGAAGAUCUGCACGGAGCACAAGUACUUGCAGGAGUUCUACUGUCGUCAGUGUCAGAUGUUUGUCUGCUGGCUUUGCACCAGUAAUAUGCACAAGGGCCACGAGACCAGCUCCACCAAGGCAGAGCGAAUGGAGAAACAGAAAGAGCUGGCGGGCGUGCAGACAGAGAACAAUAUGAGACUGAAGGAAAGAGAAGGAGAGCUGAAAGAGAUGAAGAAGAUGCUGGAGGCAACAAAGCGUUCAGCAGACAGGGUACAAAGUGACACAGAGACCGUCCUGUCGGAGCUCCAGCGUUCAUUGGAGAGACUCCAGGAGUUGGUGGAGGACUUGAUGGACCAGGCUGGGCAGGAGAAAAUAGGCGAGGCCCAGGACGUGGUGGACAAGCUGGAGGCCGAGAUCGCCGAGCUGAAAAGGAGAGAAAAAGACAUGAAGGACCUAGUCCGCUGUGAAGACAACAUCCACUUCCUGGAGAUCUUUGAAUCUCUGAGUAGCCCGGCUGAGAUGAGCGAUCUGCCUUGUGUGGUAGCCAAUCCAGAGGCUACAUUUGAGCCGGUAUCUGCUGCCAUCCUGGACCUACGGGAGAAAGUGGAGGACCUGUGUAACGCCCAGCUGGGCCAGAUCACCAACACAGUGAAUGACACAAUGCUGUUCAGCUUGGGAGAUAAAGCCAAAAAGAACAGUGGACAGAAAGGAGGGUUAAGGAGUUUGUUUUCUGGUCGGGGCACAAAAUCAACACCACAGACAAACAACCGACCUCAAGCUGCCACACCCACCGUCACAGUGGCGGUUCGAGGAUCAAACACUCGCGCAGGUCUAGGACUGCGUGCUCAGGAUGUUAGAAGAAGGGAUGAACCACGAGCCAACAGAGAAAGGCCAAACAGAGAGGUGAGACCACCAGCCCGUGAGCCGGUCCCCAGACCAAGUCCCACUCAGAGCCGGAGAGAGCCACGCCGACGGAGUCCCAGUCCCACAGCCAUUAGGAGAGAACCAGCCAGAAAUGGUCCAAGUCAGAGCCGGAGAGAGCCACGCCAGCGGACUCCCAGCCCGACUCCCAGCCCGACUCCCAGCCCUACCGCCAGUCAGAGAGAGGCUGUCCGGCCAGAACCCACACCCGUGGUCCCUACUCCAGCCCCCCGUGGCGUGACCGCGGCCACACCAGUCUCCAGUGCUUUCAGCCGGAUGGGUUCAAUAGCAAGUCUCUUCCGGUCCAAUCGACGCGCCACGCCGGCACCACAAGUGGUCAACAACACCGCCGAACUCAACCCAUGGGCGAUGGGCGCUCUCACUGAAGUGAAUACCAGCCUCUUCCUUGAUUCUCCAACCUCCGAUCCCACCUUGAAUCCAAUGCCAGCUUUCCCUGCACUGAAGGAGAUUGACAUCUUUAGUAUUCAGGCACCUGAGCCGAGGAGCAGAGAUGAGUUCUUGCAGUAUGCCUGUGCCCUGACCUUGGACCCACGGACCGCUCAUCGUCGCUUAAUCCUCUCGGAGGGGAACACCAAAGCCACCCUGGAGCGGGGAGGCCAGCCCUACCCGGACUGCCCCCAACGUUUUGACGGCUGGACCCAGGUGCUGUGUGACGUCCCUCUGUCCGCUGAGCACUGUUACUGGGAGGUUGAGUGGCGGGGUAGGGGCUCCUCCAUGGGCGUGGCUUACGCAUCACUGAGCCGGAAGGGGGCGGAUGCCAGGGCGGGCCUGGGCUACAACGCCCAAUCAUGGAGCCUGGAACUGUCGGAUACGUGCUGCACGGCCAUGCACGACAACGAGAAGAAAGACAUCCCGGUGACCUACUCGCCACGCCUGGGAAUAUUCGUUGACCGGCCCGCUGGCACCGUGGCUUUCUACAGCGUGGCCGAGAGCAUGGCGCACCUGCACACAUUCCGUGCCAACUUCACACAGCCGCUGUAUGCCGCCUUUGGGGUGGGCAGCGGAGUUGGCAUCGGACUAGACUUCGCUUUGGGUCAGUUCAGCGCCACGUCAGACAGCAUCAAGAUCUGCCCCUUGUGAUGAGACCACUUCUGUAAAGGUUCCUAGAAGAUAGAAACUGGCAUGCACAAUAUGUACAGUAAAAAAAUGACAGUUUCUACAAGAUACUUUAGAUUGUUUGAUAUGGACAUCAAGGCACUUGGGUAAACUAUUGGAAUUACAGAAAUAUAUUUAAAAAGUAAGUGGCAAGCAGUUUCUUACUUGGAACCAUUUGUUUGCUGAAUUAAGUUUAACAUA